UACAGUGCUACGUGAUAAAAUGGCGUUGCUCAUGUCUCCUUUGAUUUUAUGAAAUAAUAAUUUGUGACAAUUUUAGUGUUAAAAGAGUAAUUAUUUAUUAAAUAAUAAAGAAUAAAUCUUCAUAUAGACUAUUUACAAGUUCGAAAAAGAACAUCUUAGUGUAUUACUGAGAGUGCAAUGUCAGAGGAGAUAGAGCGGCAGUGUGAGACGGCGAGUGACAACGCGGGCGGCGGCAGUUCGAAGGAGUCGCGCGUGUUAUUGACCCCGCAUCAGCUCGAUGCCGCGUCCGCGGACUCGCUGCGAGCCGCAUGGAGAACCCAGGACUUGUACAUAGACCACCUCGAAUCGUUGAACAAACAGUUGGAAGGAAGCCUGGAAAAGGCGAAGGAGGUAGAAGAUAAGGUAAAACAACAAUAUGCAGAGUCACAACACAGAGAGAAAGUGCUUGUCCGGAGGCUUGCGGCCAAAGAGCAGGAGAUACAGGAUUAUGUAGGUCAAAUAACGGAACUGAAAUCAUCACACGCGAGUCUCAACGGUCGGCCGACGCUUUUAGAUCCAGCCGUAAACAUUUUAAUACUAAGGCUGAAGCAAGAACUAACGUCAACGAAGGCACGGCUCGAGGAGACACAAAACGAACUCUCAGCCUGGAAGUUUACACCAGACUCGAAUACUGGCAAAAAACUGAUGGCAAAAUGUCGGCUACUCCACCAAGAGAAUGAGGACCUCGGCCGGAUGACAUCUAGCGGGCGGAUAGCGAAGCUAGAGGGCGAUCUUGCGUUACAAAAGAGUUUCAGCGAAGAAGUCAAAAAGUCACAAUCAGAACUGGACGAAAUCCUGCAAGAGCUGGACGAGGAUGUCGAGGGGAUGCAGAGCACGGUUCUGUUCCUGCAGCAGGAGUUACGCGCGACUCAUGCGAGCGUGAACGGCGCGCGCUCAUCGCCCGCCGCCGACAAGCGGACCUAUUCCGGCUCCAGCGCCGACACGCCGCCUGGCAAACGCCGACGCGGCUCCGAGAUCUCUCUCGACUACAAUGAGGACGAGAACCCACUGACCAUCGCCAACGGCGCCGACUAGCCCCGGCGACCUGUGUUCUCCUACCGAACACGCUACCUAAACAUGAACUAGUGAAACUCGUGCUCUCGUAUCUCUCAUCACGUUGAAUAAUUUCAAUCAUUGUGGGUGAUUAUUGAAACGCUACUGUGUUCGGUUCGAUCACUCAUUUCAAAUGUGAAUUUAUGUAUUAACACACCCGAAGUGUAAUCUAUGAAUGAAUUCUAUGUACUUUCAUUAGAAGACGAAUAUAAUAAACGAAUAUGUGUCAUUUCCAUUGACAAUGAAUUGGUGAUGAUUGUGUCUGACGUGAAAAUGAGACUAAGAAAACAUUUGGUAAAUGUAUGGUUUGCGUUUUAUGCACAACAGUGGACCAUGUGAUCAGAUUAAUAGUGAAUCGUUUUUGACAUUGUUUUUAUACUUGAAUAUUAAGACAAGACACUCGGUUGACAAUUUUAUAAUUUAUUUAUGAUAAGUGCAUUGAUUGUGAUAUAUAUUAGGGAAUCCAAUGAUGUAUGAUGAGCAAUAACGAUUGACUUGUGUUGCCGAAUUUCAUAGUUUAUGGCAUUUAUUUUAUUUACAUGCCAGAGUUGUGAUGAACUCGAGCCGCUUAUGAGAAGUACCGCAAACACCAAGCCUAAUGUCUUAUUGAUUGCCACAUAUUUAUUAAAUUUAUGCGAGUUUCUACAUGAAAUGUUUCUAUUUUCAAAUUACAAUGAAUGUAUAUAGAGCUAUGUUAAUAAACAUAUAUUACUGGCAUCACA